GACACGUGGUCAACCUCGACCCCUACUGCCGUAGCCUACCCAUCUAACUUCAGCUCAUAACGACUUCCCUGCCUCCGCUUCGAUUUCCCAAAUCCUCAAUUCGAUUUCCCCUUCGCCUUCAAUAUGAGUCGCAAGAGGGAUAAACCCUACUUCUCUCGCCACGACCGUGCUCCUUACCCCAAACGCCGGCGCCCUCUGCCUCCUCCACAGUCUGCCGAAGAGAGUGACGAUAAGCCCUCCGUGAAGCCUCCUCCGCCGCCUGCUUUGGUGAUUAUGGGUCUGCCAUUGAAUUCCUCUGUUCUUGACCUCAAGUCGAGGUUCGAGAUCUACGGCUCAAUCUCCCGCAUCCGCAUCGACCGAGAUGGCGUCGGUUACGUCACGUACAGGUCCAAGGAUUACGCCGAAGCUGCCAUUGCUGCUUCCCUUGACGCCUCCUUUGGCAUCACUAUUGAAUCUAAAAGAGUACAGGUGUUAUGGGCAACAGAUCCGCUCGCGCAAUGGAGGGAAGGAGUUGGGGUUGGGGACAAAAAGGAAAGUGGAUCAUCCUCAAAACUUUUGCGGCCUGAGUUACCCUUAAGCAGACGCGGCAGAGGGAACAAGCUGGCUUCUGCAAUAGUGAAUCCGAGAAGUAAUAGCAGUGGCAGUACUGGUGUGGCAGAUGUGGCUUCCAAAGGCAGAGAGAUGGUUGCUUAUGAUGAUAUACUAUAAUGUUUGUUUUUCUCCUUCAAAAGGGCUUUGCUUUUGUACGAGUAGAUUUUGCUUUCUAUUUAGGUCGGAUUGGUCUGAAAAUGAAUCUACAAGUUCAUGGAAGGCUAGCAACUUAAGUAUUUGGUUCAAGGAUUUGGUCUGUGGCUGUUUAAGCUUUAGUUCUUUUCUUGGCAAUGAUCUGUAUCAUUGUUUUGGAGUGGUUUUAUAGAUCUUUGAUUUGUAAUUUUUUUUGCUUUUAUUAUUUUUUUUAAGAAAAAAAAUUGUAGGCUCGGCCAGGCCGGUUUGGGUCUGUACUCAAAGAAGCCUAACAGGAUUAAAAUCGGUUAAAUUUGAGUUGGAAUUGUUGAUUUGUCCGGGGUAA